UGAGAAACAAAAGAUUAAUACGGCCCGUGGACUCUGCGUUCCUCAGCUCCAGACUUGCCCGGAUCUUGGGCGGGCCUCUCUAGCGGCGGAUCCGCUGACGGCAACCUGAAACCCGUCGCUCUGUUCUCAUUCAAAGUCUGCAGCUCUGCCAGCACCCACUGAUGAGAGCGCUCCAGAGACUGAGAUGGGGCCCGGGCUGUGCUGAGUAAGAGUGGCUUUUCAGAACUGCUGAAAGGGCGGAAUGGAGGAUGAACAGAAACCACCCUUACAACCUCAGAUUCAGUUUCAGGGCAGAGUCCUGUUCCUGACCAUCUGUGCGGCUGGCAUUGGUGGGACUUUUCAGUUUGGCUACAACCUCUCCAUCAUCAAUGCCCCAACCUUGUACAUUCAAGAAUUCACCAAUGAGACUUGGAGGGCACGGACAGGCCGGCCACUGCCCCAUCACCUUGUUCUGCUCAUAUGGUCCAUCAUCGUGUCUCUGUACCCCCUGGGGGGCCUCUGUGGAGCAUUGCUUGCUGGGCCCCUGGCCGUCAAGCUGGGAAGGAAGAAGUCUCUGCUGGCGAACAACGUCCUUGUGCUGGCUGCUGCCGUCCUGUUUGGCUUCAGUCGAGGAGCAGGCUCCUUUGAGAUGAUCAUUCUGGGAAGGCUGCUGGUGGGAGUGAGUGGAGGUGUGAGCAUGAGCAUCCAGCCCAUGUACCUGGGUGAGAGUGCCCCCAAGGAGCUCCGAGGAGCAGCAGCCAUGACCUCAGCCGUCUUCGCAGCCCUGGGGAUUGUGAUGGGUCAGGUGAUCGGACUCAGAGAACUCCUGGGUGGCCCACAGGUCUGGCCCCUGCUACUGGCCAGCUGCCUGGUGCCCGGAGUGCUCCAGUUGGUCUCCCUGCCUCUGCUCCCAGAGAGUCCACGCUACCUCCUUAUUGACCGCGGAGACACCAAAGCCUGCCUGACAGCACUGCAGCGGCUGCGGGGUACAAAGGACGUGUCCGGAGAGAUGGCAGAGCUGCAGGAGGAGUGCUCUGCCUGCCAGGGCCUGCGUGCUCGGCGCCCCUGGGAGCUGUUUCGGGAUCCGACCCUGCGGAGGCAGGUGAUGAGCCUCGUGGUGCUGGGCAGCGCCAUGGAGCUCUGUGGGAAUGACUCGAUGUACGCAUAUGCCUCUUCAGUGUUCCGGGAGGCCGGGAUCCCUGAGGAGAAGAUCCAGUACGCCAUCGUGGGUACUGGGAGCUGUGAGCUGCUCACUUCGUUUGUCAGUUGUAUGAUCAUCGAGAGGGUGGGUCGGCGGGUGCUGCUGAUAGGGGGUUACAGCCUGAUGGUCUGCUGGGGCAGUGUCUUCACAACGGCCCUGUGCCUAAAGAGUUCCUUCCCCUGGAUGUCCUACCUGGCCAUGUCCUGCAUAUUUGCCUUCAUCCUCAGCUUUGGCAUGGGUCCCGCUGGAGUGACGGGGAUCUUGGCCACGGAACUAUUUGACCAGAUGGCUCGACCUGCUGCCUACAUGAUCUGUGGGUCACUCAUGUGGAUCAUGCUCUUCCUGGCAGGGCUGGGAUUUCCCUUCCUCAUGGAGGGCUUGUCCCACUUCAUCUAUUUGCCUUUCCUGUGUGUCUGUGUCUGUGGGGCCGUCUACACUGGUUUCUUCCUCCCUGAGACCAAAGGCAAGACAUUCCUGGAAAUCUCUGAGGAAUUUCACAGACUGAACUCCAGGCAAAAGAGUCAGGGUCCCAUGUGGAGGGGUCCAAAGGUCAUCCAGUCCACAGAACUCUAGCCCAAGUGUCGCUGGGGCCAGAUCCAGUUACUCUUCCCUCUGCUUCCUGCUUGGGUCCUGGCCCCUCUCCCUUCACUUGCUCCUGCACUCAUUCAACAGGUGCUGAUUGAGCACCUACUGUGUGCAGCUUGGUCCCAAGUGCUUAGCAGUCACUGGUGAGCCAGUAAGAGAGGAUCCAGGACCUCUUGGUGUUGACCAUCAGAGGUGGUCAACAGGAAAAGAAUAAAAACAUAGCUGUGAACCCAGGGAAUGAGGUGGAAGAAAACUAUUAGGUGUGAAGGGUAUGCAUUACAAGGAGGGCCUGACUUAGUUUGAGUAAGGAUAUUUUCUAAGGAGUUGAUUUUUUAAAAAUCAACUUUGAGGUGUAAUUUAUAUACAAUAAGAGGUAUCGACAUUUGAAGAAUUUUGACAGCUGUACCUUUGAAACUACCACUACAGUCAAUAUAGAGAGCAAUCACAUCACCCCAAAAGUUCCUUCAUGGCCCUUUGCAAUCAGUAACUCACCUCAUACUCAGGUAACCACUGACCUGCUGUUACCAUAGGUCAGAUUUUUUUAGAAUUUGAUAUUUCAUACUGUAGGUAUGCAAUCAUGUCUGACUUUGCUGCAGAUAGCUUUUGUGACCUGUGCGUGUUGCUGCAUGAGUCAAUAUAAUACUUUGUAUUGCUGAAUUGUAUUCCACUGUAUGGAUGCACUAUAAUUUGUUCACCCAUUGACCUGUUGGUGGACAUUUGGGCUGUUGCUAAUUUUUGGCCAUCAUGAAUAAAAUUGCUGUGAACAUUCCUA